GGUAAUUGCAUUUCAUUUUAUAUCCGCUUUCUGUUUUGGCAAAUGUUGGACAAUUCAACACUUCAAAUAAACACAUACACAGAUGAGUGAGUAUGUGCGAUUAUGUAUGUGCAUUAUUGGUGCUUCGAGAAAAUGCAUCCAGUACUCUGUAACACAGUCAACAUUUGGAAGGGCAUCCUGCCAAUGAAAUCAAGAAACAAAUGUCAGAUGUGGUACCUGGUCUUUAGAAGCAGUAUCUCUCAAUGGAAGGCAACAUGGAUCACAACAACCUCUCCAACCCAUGCUGUAUUUUACAAUAGGCUGUGUUUGCAUUCAUUUGCAGUGAAGGUGUUACCUUCGUAUCUUGAAUCCUUUUUAAAGGACUUAACUUCUUACUUUUCUCAAAGUGGCAAACGUCAAAAUGACUUCAAUAAGAUACAAAGUGUUGUUGGCAUAAAAGAAAACAAGAUUCCAAAGCUUUCACAAACUAGAUGGUUGUCAUGUGAAAAUGUAAUUGACGUUAUAAUAGAACAGUGGGAUGCCCUUGUACUUUAUUUUCAGUCUGAAGAUAAAAUAGAACAAGUGGACGGAGCAAAAAGAAUCUAUGAAACAAUGAUUAACAAAGGGACCAAGCACAUGCUGCUCUUCUUACACUAUAUAUUAAAGAAAGUAAAUGCUCUUAAUGUCGAGUUUCAAUUGGAACACUUUCGAUUGCAUCUGUUGCAUAUACUCGUUUCCAGUGAAUAUAAAAAUAUCCUUGGUUGCUUUAUAAAAGAAGAUGUUUUAGCUGUAUCUAAAUUAUCAGAUAUUGAUCUUAAUAACACAACAAAUCUCAAAGAUACGAGUAAUAUUUACCUCAGUGGACGCAUAAUGAGAUAUCUAGAACCAAACCCCAUCGUUGGUGACUCAGCUAGAUUCAUAACUGAUUCUUGGCGUCAAACUUUCCAGCAAUUGCACCAGAAAACACUUGAUGAACUAGCCAAUGAGUGGAGAUCAUUUCGGCAAUAUAAAAAUAUUCCUGUUUCCUCAAAGAGCAUCCCUGAACUCUGGCAUUCCAUGAACAAUCUUAAAGAUGGACUUGACCACUCUAAAUUUGAGAGGUUGUCACAAUUCAUGACUAAUUUAACAGUGUUACCUCAUUCAUCACCGUGCAAGGAACACAUAUUUUUCCAAGUAAAUUGCACAAAGACAAAGUUCACUAACAGGUUGAAGGCUGAAACGAUCACUGAUGAUCGUCUUCUCACUAAAGAAACAAUUACAAGAAAGGGAGCGUCAUGCAUUUCUUGGGAGCCGAGCGCUAAACUUAUUAAAGAUGUAGUGCAUGGGUUUUGUCACCGUAGAUAUACGAGUAGAUUGAACUCCAAAAAGGAAGGGGUGAAUGAAGACGAUAUGGAUAUGUACGAAAUUGACAAUUAAUUGUCAUAUGAUAUAAAUUCCUGUUUGACAUUGAAACCUUUCAGUUCAUUACUGUCAUUAAAUUCGAAUAGAAUAUGGGAACAAACUGGAAAUGCUACUUACUCCUCUUCUUUCUUAAAGUCACAUUUUGGGUUACAUAUGGAAAUAAAUGGAAUAUCCCUUUCGACAACAAAAGCGGCAUAAUUCGUAUCAAUAUUACAUGCAAAGAUAAUACUGUUUUAGCUGUGAAAAAUUUAAAAUGGUGCAGAGCAUACACUGAAAAUCCCACCACGAU